AUGUCCGUUUUACUGAUUGUGAGCUUCUUUGGAGGCCUUCUCUCAGCCAAGUCAUUACCAAAUGGUCCGAUUAUUGAUCUGGGAUACAACCGCUAUCAAGGGGUGACGCUGCACAAUGAAGUGGACCAGUAUUUGGGCAUGAGAUAUGCGAAAGCUCCAAUUCAAGACUUGAGAUUCCGAGCACCGGAAGAUCCUGACACAAACAGCAAUCUGUUGGACGCGUCAAAGUUCGGCCCUAUCUGCGUCGGCGUCGGACAAACUUCCAGCGGUACUUUGGCUGAAGACUGCUUGUUCGUCAAUGUCUGGAAGCCUGCGAACGCUUCCAAUGGUUCGAAUCUCCCCGUGUGGUUGUUCAUUCAGGGUGGCGGAUACGCGAACAACGCCAAUGCCAACUACAACGGGAGCGAAGUUGUCGAGCAAUCGGGACACGACAUCGUCUUCGUCAACUUUAACUAUCGCGUUGGUGCUUUGGGCUUCCUUUCAAGUGAAGCUGUGCGUCAGAAUGGCAGUCUUAAUACAGGGCUGCUCGACCAGCGUAAGGCGCUCCACUGGGUGAGAAAGUAUAUUGGACACUUUGGCGGGAACCCAGACCACAUCGUAAUCCAUGGCGAUUCAUCAGGAUCUGGCUCUGUAGCGCAUCAUCUCACCGCAUAUGGUGGUCGCAAUGACAAUCUUUUCGUCGGAGCUAUAGCUGAGUCUACAUUUUGGCCAACACAGCGGACUGUUGCAGAAAUGGAAUUUCAGUACGAGCGUUUCGUGAAGGACGUUGGUUGCGAUGAGAGCGAAGAUUCUCUUUCCUGUCUGCGCUCGGCUGAUAUCGACACCAUUCAAAAACACAAUAUCGAUCAGCCUUUUCCUGGCGGCAGUGAUGCCCCUGCUCCGCUGUGGUAUUUUAUUCCAGUGGUGGAUGACGAUCUGGUCCAGGAUCGCUUGUACAGUUCGUUCGAACAAGGCAAGAUUGUUCAUGUCCCUCUCAUUGUUACCGACGACAACGACGAGGGCACUGAUUUUGCAUUUAACGCGACGAGUGAGUCCGAGGUGGCACAGUUCAUGAAGAACAACUACCCAGGACUCAGUCCUGCCCAGCUCGAUACCAUCAACAACGAGUAUCCACUUAUGGACCCUCUUCCAAAACAUGCGGCAUACUUCCCGUCCGCAGCUGCAGCUUACGGAGAGGCAACAUUCACCUGCCCAGGAAAUCACAUGGCUGCCAGCAUGUCUCUAUAUUCUUCAUCAGAGCAAGUAUGGAACUACCGCUUCAAUGUUCGAGACCCGACUGAGCUCGCGAAUGGAAUGGGAGUUCCUCACGUCUUCGACCUGCCUGCCAUCUUCGGGAUAGGAGAAACCAAUGAGCCCACUUACUCCUAUGCCAACACCAACUCUGCGAUUAUCCCCAUCACCAUGGGCUACUACCUUAGCUUUAUCAAAGCGCUUAAUCCUAACGAGUAUCGGAAUGAGAACGCGCCCGCAUGGGAAUCUUGGGGGGGAUGGUCAAGGACAACGCUUGAAGCUCGAGACUAA